GCCGCAACAGGCUCAACGCUAACGCGCACACACAAUCCAUUGCCGCCUCCCACAUCUCACUCUCGUUCUGAGCUUCCGGCCAUGGCGGUGACCUCCGGAGCCCCCAACGACAACGGCUGGGACGUUGGCGCCGCUGCGACUGACGAUGAGCAUCGCGUGGAUCUGGAAGUCAAGCACAAGGACACCGGCACUAGGGACUCGCCAGCACCGAUAGCGGCAGCUGCGCCUCCGUCUGAUCUGCUUCCACUACCUGCGCCUCCGUCCCAAUCCCGAGUGGCUGGAAAGCUUGGCCCCUCAGAUCCAAAGCACCUCAUCUAUGCGGGUUCCAAAUCAAAGCAUAUUAAAGCUGCACCUGCUGCACCAGGCAAGAAUCGCCGGCCACCUUUGUCUCCACCAGCACCUGCUGUCAAUCGUGGUCGUGGAUCUGUGCGCACACCUUUGGGGUAAGAAUAUACUUUAUCUUAUUGCCCAUUAAACAAUCAUUCAUCACAUAUGUGCUAGCAGCUGGUA